AUCCUUGGUUUCUCUCCCCUGACUUAUAUUCCCCCCUCUGUUCGUUGGCAGUGAAUGCUAAUUGAAAAUACUGUUGUAUAAACAGAAAAUAUGGGAGAUCGAUAUAAUAUUCAUAGUCAGUUAGAACAUCUACAGUCCAAAUAUAUCGGAACUGGUCAUGCAGAUACGAACAAAUGGGAAUGGAUGACAAACCAACACAGAGACAGCAAUGCAUCUUACAUGGGACACAAUGACAUGUUGAACUAUUUUUCACUGGCAGAGAACGAAGCAAAAGCACGUGUUCGAUUUAAUUUGAUGGAAAGAAUGUUGCAGCCUUGUGGACCACCUCCUGAAAGACCAGAGGACUAAAAUACUAGUUCUAAGUACAAACAUUUAGUUAAAAAAACCUUGAAGCAAUGGAAAACGCAAUGAACGAUUUAUUUUACAUGUUUAUGACACUUAAUUAAUGACCAACAGUAUGCAUUUAAACGAAAGAAAGGAAAUUUUCUAACAUCCUCACACUUACAUGUAACUUGGUUACAACAUUAUUUUGUAGAGCAGUUUAAUUUUGUAUCAUAAUUUUGAAAUACAUUUAUCCAAUGGCAA